UUAUGUCAAAUGAUGAAAUUUAAGAUGGCGAUCGCGUUAAAUUAAAGUCUUAUUUAUUUUUGUGGUGAAUGAAAAAAUGGACAAAUUUGAUAUUGUGAAUCAAUGUAAAAGAACUUUGAUAUAUAUGUGAUACUGAGGAGUUGUGUGACGUAUACAGUGUGACUCCCCAUGUACCCAAGACUGCCCAAAAGCACCACAGAUCCACUCGAACAUUUUUUCAAUGAAAGAAAAGUGUGUGUUCUUGUGACGGAAAAAGAGACGAGCAAAAAAUUUCUUUACUUUUUUCGCUCAAUUUAUUGUGGAAUCUUACAUCCUUUUCGUGUAUCAUCUCUACAAUCAAUAAUACAAACGGUGGCCCAUCGACGAUUCCCUCUUCUAAAUAUCAUCCAGAGAUAGGCGUCGAAGAACGCAGCGGAGAGAAAAAAGAAAAGAUAUUUCAUUACCCAUAGAAGAGACACACACGGAGAAGACGCAGACGGAAGAACAAAUAUGUGGUGGUGUUGAAUGUUGUGCGAGUUGUGCAUGCAAGCACUCUUCAGUUGCCUAUAUCCUGUGCUCAAGUUAAGUGACAACACAACCAUCAAAGGGCAUAAAAGCGUAUAAAUAGUGCCCAGGCGAAUGAGGUCCGAACCCCUGCAACUCACUCGCCAGAUCACCAUCCCCCCCUCGGGAACAACACCUGUGAUAGGCCAGGCAAAUCGCGGAUCACGAGGAGUGCGAGGAGCACAAAUUUGGUGCUGGCCAAACACCCAACUAUUUGUAUGGGUGAUAUGUGACGAAAAUGUCCAGAAAUAGAAUGGAUGACUCCGAAAGGAUGGAGCGCAGAGAAAGGGAUAAACAAGCCAGAGCAAUGCUUUCUGCCCAAAUACCAGAAACAGAAUCAACACAGCUUUUUGCUGCUCCGGUCCGACUAUCCCCAUCUGAGGGUGAUCGUCGGAUACAGUCGAAAUUGGGUGAUUUUUCUGUGGCAAAACACCUGAUGGAAGAAAAACGUCUGUUUGGAAUUUCUCAAACGCCACAAACACCGCGUCAAUUUCCACAGAGUAGCAAUUCCUCCUUGUCUAACCAGUCGCAACAGCAAUUAGGAACGAGUAGCAGCAAUAAUAGUUGUGCAAUGAUGGGAUCAGGACCUACAAAUAGUGGUAACAGUAACAAUGGCACAAUUGCAAGCAACCGUGCCUCUUCACAUCACUAUCAGCAGCAACCUCCACGAAAUGUGUUCUUGAAGCCAACUGAUAGCAAACCGGCCUACAAUGGUAGAGGAGUAUACCAAGGACAAUUCGUUAAACAUGAACAGAUGCAUUCAACUGCCCCCAAAGGUCCUGGACCGCCCUCACUCACGUCCCAGCAACUGAAUUCUCAUCUGCAAAAUGGACGUCUUAUGAGUGAAAAGCAAUCGUCAACAAUGAUGCCAAACGGUACCCUCAGAGGCACUCUGAAACCGUCACGGCUCCCUAUGACCUCCAUUCCGGCGGGAAAUCCCCUCAGUACUCCAACUAGCGUGGGUGAGGUGAGAGAUAUCCUCAAGGAAAUGACUGAGACAGUGACACCAGUUACGGGAAUUGCAGCAACACCUAGAACGGAGUUUGAUACAAAGUUUGCAUUCGGUGCUGCAGGAUUGCCUCAAUAUAAGUAUACGGAACUACCUCCACUAUUUACACCUACCGUCAAUCGAAGUUCCUCAAGACCAAAUGAUCUCGUGAAUGAACCUAAUAUCUCUGACAGCGAUGAUGGGGAACGCAAGAAGCAACAUACCGAGACAAUGUCUCCAAACAAUGAUAAUUCUAGUGAAAGCGAUGAAUCUGCAUCGAGUGGUGAAUCAUCAAGUGAAGAGUCAAAUAACGGUUUAAAAUUAGAAUCAACAGAUCAAAAUAGUCCUUCAUCGAAACUUGAACAGUGGAGCUUGAUACAAUUUGUCAAGCCACAUGUACAAAAUGACACAUCACAACCUGCAACACAGGAACCAUCCCCUUCGAUGGCAAUUAAAAAUGAAAGGGAUGAGGAAAAUCAGGUAUAUCAUUCUCAAGCACAUCAUAUUAAGCAGGAACUAUAUCAGAAUGAAGCAAACGAUGACGGUGGUCAUGAGACUGCUAAUCAACAUACGCAAAUGAGUAUAACCAAUCUAAGGUACGAAACAUCAUCUGUAGUGACUCCAGUGGCUAAGAGUCCCUCAAAGAGUCCUGAUAGACGCAGCAAUUCCGAUCCCUUUGAAUCUGAUGAGAUUGAAAGUGUUUUGGCCGAAGUGAAGCAAAUUGCCACCAUAAAGCCCAUUUCAAGUUUCUCAGACACAGAUGACAAAGUGACGGAGAAAUGUGUCAAGAAAAUACGCGACAAGCGAAGGAGACGCUCUCAUCAAACAACAACACCACAUAGUGAUUCAAGUGACGAUGAUGGUGGAUUUGGUAGCACAACACGUCGUAGUCGGUCCAAAUCGACGGAAAAGGAGAUGAAGAGGGUGCGAGGGAGACCACCGAAGAAGAAAAGCUUACCUCCAGCCAUAGUAUCGACGACCAAUACUAUAACUAACACAGUAAAAAAUACAGUGCCUAAAACAACCCCUCCACCAAAAAAGGAUGCAUCCAAAGGUGGCAAGAAGGUGAUAUCGCGACGCUUAGGAGCACGAAGAAGCUCUGUGAUGAAGAGUCGCGAGAUGCUGGAAACAACAUCAUCAUCGAGUGACAACAGUGAUAACAGUGAUGAUGAUAACACUCGCAAUGACGAUGAUUCAGAAUCAAAUGGUGCAGAGGGCAUCAAAACGAGAAUGCCUUGCAAGCCGGCCAUUGCCAGUAAGCACCAUCCAGUUAGUUUAUUGGCAAUCACGCAGAAUCGUCCGUCAUCGCGAGGCCAUCCAAAGCAAUCCAACGAUGACAAUUCAUCCGUGUCAUCAAACACCAGCCGAGAAGAACACCACUCUACACCACGAAGUGCUGCACGUCCUUCAGUGUCACCUGCCAAUCGGCUGAUAUCCCCCAUCAGUAAACUUUCGUCGUCCUGUGAUGAAAAUUCAGAUGCAACUGAUAGCGAUAGUAUUCGGGAGGAGAGGAAAAUUCGAGAUAAAACAAAAAGUGAUAAGAACAAAAGUGAUACUCUUCGUAAGCUAUUUUCUGGCUUCAAAGGCGAAGGUGGUGCCAAAGGAAAGGGCCAAGUGGUGAUUGUGGAUCACUCAGAAGAUUCUCAUAUUCAAUCUAAAGACGAUUCCGGUGUAUCAGAAAAAUUUCUUUCACCAUACUCAUCAAAAUAUGGAUCGAAUACGAAUAUUAGUGGGAAUUUGAUGAGAUCGAGUGAUCAGAGUGUAUCUGCAGCGCGACAAUUACUAUGCAGAAUUGAUUUGUUGCGUCUUAAGCGGAUACCACACCCGCCCAAUACUGUGCAAAUGCACAAAAGUCCACGAAAAGGGAAAUAUCACUGUGAUUCAAAGAGUCCCGGUGCCACGACAUGGAAUGCAGCAACAACAUGCGGUGCAAAAAAUCCCAGUGGGGAUGGUGGUGGUGGAAAGAUAAAUGCACGUCUGGAAGUAAAUCAGGUGGAAAAUGGGCGUCUCACAGGAACAUACAGUCAAAUGAAUUCACAUGAGAAUAAAACUGGAAACAAUCAGUCAAUACCGAAUCGUGUUAAUUCGACAAAUGUAUUAACAGGACAAGUUGCACAGUCACCGAAGAAUCUGCCAAAUGAUCACAAGUCAACCAAUAAUAACAAUAACAGUAUCAAAAGAGAAUCUAUCAAGUCUGAGUAUACAAAUGUUGACAUCACUGGCAAUUCGCCACGAAUUGAUGAUAAGGGUAGUUUAUAUGGUGGGAAGCUUGGUACCUUCAAUGGUGGCAGUAUAAAGAGGGAGAAAUUGAGUGAAACAAAGUCUGAUUUUUACACAUCUGGUGCAUCAUCAGAGAUUGAUGUGAAGCAGAGUAGUGGCAAAUUGACUACUGAGUGUUUACCUAAAGAGAGAAAAAAGAGACGAUCGAGCUCGGGUAGUGGUCCCAUUAAAACUGGCAAGAAACGAAAGAAUGGCUCACAAAAUGAACUUAUUCAUGAAACAACACCACCAACGAAUCAUGACAGGAUAGAAACUGUUGUGUACAGAGAUGUUGAGAAGAAAAUUUACUAUUCAUAUUUUGAAUGUACAAAUGAGAGUGACAGCGGAAGGGAGGAUAACGUCAAAAUUAAUUGUAGGGGCCAGAGUACAUACCUGUUGGAAGCACAACGUUUGAAGCAUGCUGCUGACAAGGAGACAGAACAUUUGGCCCAAGCAAUGACAUACUUGGAGGCAGUUCUCUAUUUUCUAUUAACAGGAGAUGCCAUGGAGAAAGAAUCUCUUACAGAACGGUCAGCUUUUACAAUGUACAAAGAUACCCUAAAGCUCAUAAGGUACAUUUCCUCGAAAUUUCGCAGUCAACAACAGGUUCACACGAUGCAGGGUAACAUUCACAGCAAAGUUGCCAUACUAAGUUUACGAUGUCAAUCAUUGCUGUAUUUGAAAUUGUAUCGAAUGUGUAAAGCAGAAGUUAGGGAAGUUCAAAAGAUUAUAGGAGAGCAUACGACGAAACGGAAUGCUGAUUUACCAAAUGGAAAUACCCCAUCUCCAAUAUCACCAUCGACUACAAUUCAAGGACAAAAUAUUGGUGGAACAACUGGUGGUCAAAUGGUGCCUCAUCAGACAUACAAUGCAUUUCAGCGACAAAGCACCUUUCUCCAUUAUUUAGUCAAUUGCCAUGAUUUAUGGGAUCAAGCUGACCUUCUUGUUACGAAAGGGAAUCAUACAGAAUUUUUUAUCAACUUGGACCACGAAAACGGGCCUAUGACAUUGCACAGUUCAAUAUCAAGUGCUGUUAAGUAUGUGAAAGCCGGAUUGCAGAAAUUGAGACAAACAUGUCAAGUAUGAAAUUAUAUUGUCUGUUUCUCAGAAUAGUUUUUCUUUUUUUUAUAAUCUGAAUUACUAGUAUAAUUUUGGUGUUUCUUUUACCUUUAAACGUUGAUUUGAAUGUAAAUCACACUAGAGGAAAGAUGUUAAAACCGUUUUUUUCAUAUUAGGCAAUUAGAAAUUCAAUGAAAAUCACUUAAAUGGACUUUUGAAAUGAAAGACAUGAAUCCUGAAGAGCUGUGGGAUGGUAUAUAAACAUGUAAACAAAUGUGGAAGAGAUAGAAAGUAUAUUUUAUACUUUAAUAUUUUGUUAUGUAAUUUAUUUUAUUAUUUAUAUGGAAAGAAAACUCAAUUUCUGUAUAAUUAUUGUAUAGAAUAUAAUACUUAUUGAUUAGCAAUGUAAUUCGAAAAAUAGUAGAUACUUUUGCCAGAUGAAAAGUAUAUGUAAAAGUGAAGUUAAAAUUUAUAAUAUACACACUAUUUAAAAAGGAGUCGUAUGGAGUGAUUUUUUUUCUGCAAAUAUACUUUGAUAUUGAAGACAAGAUUCACUAAGUAUGUAUAAUACGUUGUAUAUUCUUAGUUUAACGAAUUUUGUAAUAGGAAACUUACUUUCUUUUCUUGAUGAAGCAAUAGUAAAUGAGAAAAUAAUAGUUUUUUGUGUAGAAAAAAAAAAGCAAAUGAAAAUUAAUUGGUUUUGAUUUAGUGAAAACAAAAUUCAAAUGAAAUUUAAAAUCAAAAAUUGUUAUCAAAAGUAUCGAUUUCAUAAAACAAAAUAAAAAGAACACGAUUUGAUCUUUUAAUUCAAUUAUGUCUUUUUUCUUAAAUAUUUCGUGUAUAAAGUACAUAUACAUACUAAUGCAGUUUAGGGAGAGACAAUAAAAUCAAACAUUUAAUUUGAAAACAAAAUAAAUCUGCAACAAGUACAGUAGACUCUCACUCAAUCGGCUCUUUUUCAAUCGGCGACAAAUUUUGUUAACAAUUUUCACGUUUAUAUGAAGCUAAUUCGCUCAAAUUCGCUGUAGUUCUUCCUAUUUUAUCGUCAUUCUUUGUAAUUGAGCGCUUUUUGUGGAAUUUACAAAGGCUUUGACGCUCAAUUCUAUCGCUUAACCGGAUGACAUUUUGCCCCAUAUUCCCGAUUGAGAGAGUCUACUGUACAGUAGACCCUCUCAAAUUCGGGCAUUUGGGACUGAAAUAUGAAAAAAAUGUGAAAUGCAACGACUUUUUUUUAUUCAUCUUCACAUUCAUUAAGUUUAUUUACUCAUAUUUAUUGAAAAUGUCAUAAAAUUUCCUGAAUAAUGCAAAAUCGCAUCAUUAACUAAGGGCCUUGACAGACAUGAGGAUUAGCCGAGAGACGGCUUAGUGUGAUUAUACGCGACAUAAUGGGUUAAACUUGAUUUCCAUCGUUUUCCACAAAGUCGUCUCUCGACGUCGUAAAUGUGUCUAGGUCUAGGGCAUAAAGCAAAUUUAACUCUUUCCGGACCGCAGCAUAUGCUGCAAGCCAAUUUCACAAUUUUUAAUCAAAAAUAUCAAAGCUCAGGAAUUAAUUGAGGUCCUACAAAAAAUAUCUCACAUUUGGACAUCCUUAUAGUUUGUAAUCAUCCACAAAAAUAGGAUUUUUAUCAGUUCUGAAUACUUAAAAAACAUUAUUUUUCACAGAACAUUCAUAUGCUGCUUUGGGUACUCUCGUCCCAAAAGAGACGAAAGAGUUAAGCAUAUUUCCUUCACUCAAUUACCAAGACAAACUUUAAAAAUAUCAACAAACUUUUUUUCAAAUAUAACUGCUGCCCGAAUUAAAAAGUAUCCCGAUCUUAAAAGAGCCGAAUUAGGGAAAGCCUACUGUAUUUCUAUUUUGAUAAAAAUAGGUGGAGAUUGUUAAUAAUCUACACUUUUGUGCUUAUGACGACAUCUUAAUUGCAAUCAAUUUCAAAAUUAAUUUUUAGUAAAAACAUUGAGCAAAUAAUUUUUUUCCAAUGCCGAAAUACAUUUACAACAUAGUGAUAAUUACUUUGUUAAUUAUUUUCUAGCAAAAUGUCGAAAAUAGGAACAGUUUUCUACUUUUCAAAACAGAAAAA